GCACCCAGCUUGCCGGCACAGUGCACCGCAAGCCGGCCAGCCAUGUUGACCGAAAUACUUAUAUUUGCUUUAACUUCUAUUUUAGCAUACUACUGGUAUGUUUACAAGAAGAUACACAAUCAUUUCAAGGAGAGGGAUGUGAAGUUUCUCCCGGGUAUUCCCGUUUUCGGGAACGCAUACAAGAGCACAUGCCUUAAGAGACAUUUGAUGUACGACUUAGAGGAGGUAUACACAGCAUUUCCCGAUGAAAGAUACAUGGGUUACGUAGAAGGUACGAAGCCGGUCAUACUGGUCCGGGACCCGGAGCUCAUAAAGAAAAUCACGGUUAAAGACUUCGAUCACUUCUUGAACCACACGGACUUCUUCACGCAAGAGAUGGAACCACUUUUCUCUCUGACUCUCAUCAUGAUGAAAGACGAUAAAUGGAAAGACAUGAGAACGUCAUUGAGUCCAGCUUUUACCGGUAACAAGAUGAAGCUGAUGAUGCCCUUUAUCCAUGAGAUCACCAACAACAUCGUAGAUGCAUUGAAAGCACAAAAUGGGAAAGACGUAAAUUUAGAUGACAUCAUGCGUCGUUUCACCACUGACGUUAUAGCUUCCACUGCAUUUGGCCUCCAAGUGAACUCCUUGAAUGAAAGAGACAACGAGUUUUUCAAGUGUGGACAGAAUCUGUUCAAUUUCAACACUUUUCAAAAGAUAUAUUUAUUCUUGUGUGUGCAGUUCCCAAUAUUUACAAAGUUGACAAAACUACGUCUCCGCCCGACAAAAACCACGAAAUUCUUCACCGACAUAGUGACAAGCACCAUGGAGUACAGGGAGAAGAACAACGUAGUUAGGCCAGACAUGAUACACCUACUGAUGCAACUGAACAAAGGAACUUUGGAGUCCAGCAACUCAAAUCCAGAGAAAGACGUCGUUGGUUUUGCGACUGUCCAAGAGGAGAUGAAACCGAGAGGAAAGACAAGAGAGUGGACGAUGCCGGAAAUAGUUGGGCAAGCACUGACGUUCUUCAUUGCGGGCUUCGAGACAACUGCCUCCACUGCCACAAUGUGCCUGCACGAGCUAGCAUUAAAUCCUGAAGUACAAGAGAAACUUUACGAAGAAAUCAAGAAUUUCAGCGAAACUAUAGGGAAACUCUCAUACGAAAACAUCAAUGAACUCAAAUAUUUGGACUGCGUUCUUAAUGAAACCUUCAGGAAAUGGUCUGCAAUCGUAAUGAUGGACAGAGUUUGCACAAAAGAAUACGAGUUGCCCCCACCACAUGAAGGCGGAAAACCAUAUAAAUUGCGACCUGGAGACCUUGUUUACAAUAUCGUAAAUGCCAUCCAUAUGGAUCCGAUGUACUAUCCCAAUCCGGAUGUGUUCGACCCCGAUCGGUUCUCCGAAGAGAACAAACCGAAUAUUCGGCCAUUUACUUUCAUGCCUUUUGGGAUGGGUCCUCGAGCAUGCAUUGGUUCCCGCCUCGCUUUGCUAGAACUGAAGAUGUUGUUUUUCACCUUAAUACUGCAUUUCAAAGUCAUGAAGUGCCCGAGGACAAAGGAUCCUAUCGUAUUAGCGGCCGAUGAUUUCAACAUCAAGUGUUUGGGACACACCUGGCUUAAAUUCGAACCAAGAUCUUAAUCGUGAAUGAUUUAAGAUUGAUGCAAGUUAAUCUUAUACAAAUAAAAUACUUAAAUUGCCUUUUCUGUGACAAUAAGAUAUUUAAAGAAAAUAUAAGUAGAAAAAAAUCCACGCGGACCAGGCAGCAGACGGGACCCGAACCCGCACCCCUCGCAAUCCGGGCGAAUACACCAACCAAUCAUGCCACCGUGGCCCUCACGGACCGCGUCGAAAUUCCUCUAGCCAUUUUUAAGCUGCAAGGCAGCGCCAUCUCUUCGCACUAUAGGCAACCCACAAUGUCCCGUCUGCUGCCUGGUCCUCGUGGAUUUUUUUCUAGUUAUAUUUUCUUUAGAUUUAAACAUCAAGCAGUUACAUGC